AUGCCUCACUCGUCCGACUCGAGAGCCCCGCCGACGUCCUUCCCCGACCCCGAACGACCCGAUCUCUUCUACCACCUCUUCGAGCCCCCCAGCGACGUCUCGCACACUGCACCGGUCUUUGCGCUCUCCUUCCUAUCUACGCCACCGCCGUCAGUGCGCUCCUGCACAGUGAUUGGGUGGCUACCCGCGAGCACACCUAGAGGGAAGGAAGAGGACGCAGGGCUGAACGAUUUCGUCGAAAACGCACCAUUCCGGGACGUACUGCACGAGGCAAUCCAAGGAGCUCUCCAGGACGGCGCGGACGAUAUCCAGAAGAACGGCGCCAUUCAGACCCAGGUUGGCUGGAUGCAUAUUCAUGACCAGCGCAACGUUCCCGCACUCGGCCGCAUCGGUGACGUUGACGAUAUCCUCGCAUCCGUGCGCGUUGAGGAUGGCGAGAUUCUAGCAGAGACGUACCAGGCCAUGCCAUCUUACCGGUUGUGCACUGCCGAUGGUCUCACGCAACUUACGGACGGUAUCGCGGCACGCCUCAAAGAGCUGCUUGGGGAUAGGGCGGCGAGAGGUUUGUAG